CAGGAUUUAACACGUGAGCCAAUCAAAUUUCCGAAUUAUAUUCAGAUAUAUAUAUAUAAACGUGAAAUGGUAUCAAUCCUAGUAGUGUAUGUAAAUAUACAGCAACAGUCGCGAAUAUAAUAUACAUCGACUUUUUUUAAACGAAAAGAAAGAAUUAUUCUAUACUUUAAGUUUGAUCAACGGGACAUCUUAUAGUCAUGGGGAGUGGCAUCAGCAAAGCGUCAUAUACCAUUACGGUUAAGACUGGAGACCAAAAGGGAUCGGGGACAGAUGUUAAUGUCUAUAUCAUUCUGCAUGGAAAAGGUGUCCAGACAAACGAGUGCAAACUUGAUAACUUUUUUAAAAACGAUUUUGAAAGAGGUGAGGUUGAUAGAUUUUCUAUUGAUUCCGAGGUCAACAUGUCUGAAGUCCAGAGGAUUGAAUUACGCCGAGACAAUUGUGGUUUGUACAGUAACUGGUAUUUAGAUUGGAUUGAAGUUACCAAUAAGAAAAAAAGCAUUACAUACAUAUUCCCUGCAAUGAAAUGGAUCAAAGCCAAUGGUCGUUACUUUUUCAAUCACCACACAUGUUUACCACAGGAUGAUCUAUUCUUAGAAACAAGAAAAUUAGAGCUACAGGCCAUGCAGGCUGAAUAUCAGCUGCAAGUGAAGACAACACCUAAUAUAUUCUUAGAAACAAGAAAAUUAGAGCUACAGGCCAUGCAGGCUGAAUAUCAGCUGCAAGUGAAGACAACACCUAAUAUGGCUGGAUUACCUGCUCAGGUAAAAACAUUACCAGAAGAUGAGAAAUUUUCAUUCCAUUACGAAGCCAACUUUGCUUUAGAAGGCAUAUCAUUAAAAGCAGAAAGCUUCAAGCUAAUGCUGAUGAACAAAUGUGAAUGGGAAGAUUUUGAAGACGUGAAGACUGUGUAUACUAAAGCUUUUGGAGUUCCAGAGAGUUCAAAAUACUUCAACGACGAUGCUCACUUUGGACGACAGAGAAUCAGCAGUUUAAACUCGUUAUUAAUAGAACUUUGCACAACGAUUCCACAAAAAUUUGGAGUUACUGAAGAUAUGAUCAAGCCAUUCCUAGAAGGCAAGACAAUAUCACAAGCAAUGGACGGAAAUAAAUUGUUCAUUGUAGACCUAGCAAUAUUAGAAGACUGUCCAACUCAGCGAAAAGACCUUGUAAUGACUUGUCCCUUGGCUCUGUUUUAUUUUAACGAUGACAAAAAACUAAUGCCAAUAGCCAUACAGCUGUUCCAACAGAAAGGACCGACUAAUCCGGUAUUCCUACCGUCAGACCCAGAGUACACCUGGAUGUCGGCAAAGAUGUGGUACAGCCUAGCUGACUCUACAUACCACCAAGCUCUUACUCAUCUAAAUUACACUCACUUGAUGAUGGAAGGAAUAAGUGUUGCAACGAAAAGACAUCUUGCUCUACCGCAUCCAAUUUUGAAAUUACUAGAUCCACAUUUUUUGUAUCUUAUGGCUAUAGAUAGUCUUGCACUUGUCGCGUUGAUAAACCGUGAUGGAAUCAUAGACACAAAUUCAAAUGCAGGAAUAGACGGCCAUUUUGAUAUAAUGAGAAAGAGUAUGUUUUUUUGGAAAUUGGACUUACAUGGAACACUUCCAGAGGAUUUAAAAAGUCGAGGGGUACUUGAUCCAUCCAUACUUACUGGGGCCUAUCAUAUGAGAGAUGAUGCUCUGUUGUUAUAUGACGCCAUCAAAACAUACGUGGAGAAAUAUGUAUUGCUUUACUAUUCUUCACAAAAUUCAUUGACUGCAGAUUAUGAGUUACAGAAUUGGGGAGCAGAACUUGUAAAAUCAAGGGAUGAUGGCGGAGUCGGAAUUCUGGGAGUUCCAGGAAAUGGUAUAUUCAAUACAACAGAUCAACUUGUUAUAACACUGACAGCCAUUAUCUACACGUGCAGUGCUGGUCAUGCCGCAGCCAACUUCCCACAGUAUGACGAAUAUGGUGCUCCAUUUAACUACCCAUACUAUCUGUCUGGAGUUCCUCCUAAAGACAAGAGUCCAGUCACUAAAGAAACCAUCCUAAAGACUAUUCCGAACAGAGACACACUUCUACAGAUCAUGACAGUCACAAAAGUUCUCAGUGAGAAGGCAACGAAAAGUCUUGGUGAUUUUGAGAAACAGUUUAUUGUUGACCAAAAAGCAGUAAAAGUUGUUGAAGAGUUUCGACAUUCAUUACGAGAAGUUGGAAAAACCAUAGAGUCAAGAAACAAAAAGAGGAAAUAUCCAUAUGAAUGGCUUCUUCCAAAGUCAAUACCUAAUGCCAUAAGCAUUUAAUCACUCACUUAUUAACUGAAUUUACACACAAUAUUAUUUCUUCACCCUAUAGUUAAUAAAUCUUGGAUAAUUCAAAUGUAUUAAAUAUAUUUGAAACUAUGUUUUUAAGGUAGUUUUGGACAUGAAA